UGUGCAUUAUUUGCUUUAGUUGAAUAGAUAAAAACAUAUUUAAUAGCAACAAUAAAAUUUAAAAUACUGCAAUUUAGUUAAAAGUUAAAAAUGAAAUCAGCUUAAAAUAUUUCUAGAUAAUCAUUUAGCAAAGUCAGUCUUGAUAAUUUCAAUCCAUAUAAUCAAUUGCAAUAAAUUGAUAGUCCUAGGAGCAUUAGAGCAUGUUAAAGGGUUGGUAUACACCCUUCAGAUUUAUUUGUUCCAGCUGAAAAGAUUUUACAGGCUUAAUACCAAAAUGAAAAAUAAUAUGCGCCAAAUUUGACUUUGGAUUAAUAUAAAAAUUAUGCAGAAAUUAGAAGAUAAAAAAAGGUUUAAAUGGUUUAAUAAAUGAGAAAAUAAGUAGGAAGAGAACUUAAACAAGAAGAAGUGCUCCGAUCAACAGGUCAUUAAACUAGAUCAGAUAUGGAUUUUAAUAAAAUUUUAGAAAAAGAAAACUAGCAUUUUUAGUAAAGAGAAUAAAUUAUGAUUGAUAAAAUUAGAAAUAGAUAGAAAAAAGAAAUAGCUUAAAUGCUUAAUAGUGAAUUCAAGAUAUAAGCUAUCAAAGAUAAAGCUGAGUUGAAAUAGCAGAAAAUGUUAAAAAUGGAAGAACAAAGAGAAUAAAUUUUUGAAUGGAGACGCUAAUAGGCUGAAAUAAAAAGACAAGAGAUGUCUUAAAAGUUAAAGUAUAAAGAAAAGCUUGACAGUAUAAAAAUAAAAGAAUUUCAAAAAAAAGCAGAAGUCAAAGAAUAGGCAUUUUAAAGCUCUAAAAAAGAGAAAGAAUUAAUUAGGUUAGGAAUGAUAGAAUCUAAAGAAGGAUAUAGAAAGCAAAAAAAGAUAAGAUUAUAAGAAUAAAUAAAAGUAUUUUAGAGAUAAAAGGAAAUAGCUUUUAAGAUGCAAAAAGAGGAAAUAGAAAAGAAAGAACAUUAAAGAAACAUACUUAUACAUAGUAUGUAUGAAUAAAGGAAAGAAGUUAAUUUUCAAAAACGAAUUAUGUAUGAAUAAAAAUUAACAUAAGUGAGGAAAUUUGAAAAAUAAAAAGUAGAAAAUGCUAGAUAAAUUUAUUUGUAAAAAGAAGAUGCCAACGAAAAAAAAUAAAUGGAGCUUUAAAGAAUUAAAGAAAUGGAAAUAUUACAAAAAUAAAGCUGUCAAUUUCAAAAGAGCUAAGUUGUUUAAAAAAAUUAAAAAGAAGUAGAAAAGCAAAUUUUAAGCAAGAAUUUAGAAUAUUUUUAAAAAAUGGAAAAAGAAACCAUGUCUGUUUAAUCUUAGUUGCUAUAAUCUAAAAAAAUUUAUGACCAAUCACUUGCAUCUGAAAUAGAAAAACUAAUGCUUAAGCAGAAUAGACCAAAAAGUGCCUCAACAAUGAAUUUACAUAGCGCUAAAGAUUAAGACUAAUUGAGAGAUAGGUUAACUCAUCAGCUAGAUGAAAGAGCAGAGUAUAUUAGAACUAUGCAAUUACUUAAUUAAAAGUAGAGGGCAUUAAAAGAAGACAUAAAGUUUUUGUAGGUGAGAGAAAAUCAAAAAAUAAUUAACAAUAAGAGAAAGCAAUAUCUAUUAGCUAAUAUCUAAAAGAUAGAGGCAACGAAAAAGAAGCUAGAAGAUAGAGAACUUGAAAGAUAAAAAAUAAUUUAAAUGAGAAACGAUAUGCAGAGAGUAUUAAGCCACGAAAAAGAAGUACUUAAAGAUCAAUUUUAGAAGAGAUCAUAAAAAAAUAAUAUUAAUUUGCAUCAGUUAGCAGAAAUGUAUGGAGUAGAAGUAAGACCUCAGUCAAGAUGA